AUGAGCACUCCCUUCUGUGAGAACAUAAUGAACGCCCCGAAAGAGUCUAAAGUCAAAACUCCCACCAUUGAAGCUUAUGAUGGUACAACCGACCCAUACAUGCACCUAGUUGCAUACCGUCACUACAUGUAUGUUCAAGGAACCAAUGAGGCCACAUGGUGCAAAUAUUUCCCAGCUACCCUUAAAGGCGUAGCGUCCAAAUGGUUUGAACGACUGCCCCCAGGAUCAAUUGCUUCCUUUAACAAGCUACAAACCUUGUUCUCCACCAAGUUCAUGGCAUACAAGGAAGAAAGGAAAACAAGCAUGCACUUGGGAUGCAUUCAACAAGGAAAGGACGAGUCUUUGCGAAUCUAUGUUAAGAGCUUCAAUCUAGAAGCAGGACAGAUCCCAGAUCUGCCCGAUGGCGUCUCUUUCGAUAAUUUUAUCAGAGGAUUGAAGAAAGGGUCACUCAAGUUUGGCUUGGUUAAAAAAAGUGUCCGGACGAUGGCUGAAGUCUUGGACAAGGCGGAAGCCUUUAUUCAUGCAACAGAAAUAUGCAGUGCGUCCAAGGAUGGAAAGGCUGGUGAAGCGACGGACUCCUCAGGGAAGAAAGAGAAGAUACACAGGAAAGUCCCACGAGUAAAUGGUACUUGGGCUCUUUCGAAAGAACAUGAUACCAAUUCUCCCGGGUUCGACCUUGAACGGCCCUUCCCCAUGAAAUCUCCUGCUGAGAGUCGAGAUCCUAAUCUGUAUUGCCAGUUCCACGAAGAUAUAGGACAUGACACCGAGGAUUGCAGGAGCCUGAAGAGAGCCCUGGACGGCCUAGCCUCCAAGGGGCACCUAAAGAACUACUUGCAAAGAAGCACUCACGACACGGGAAAAAAUCAGUACAAGAAAAACAAGUCACCUGUCUCAGCUACAGAAGGAAAUCACAGCGAAGGGGGAUUUGUAGCCGUCAUAUCAGGAGGACCAGCUGCUGGGGGGCCCACCAUGAGGUAA